AUGUCCUACUUGCACUCCCCGACACUACCCCCCUGGGCCUGGCUUGCAGACGCAUACUGCGGCGAAAGGGAUGCGGCAAUUUUGGCAUUGGUCGGGGAACAAAAGCAAGACCGUGGAAAUCAGCCCCAAGUCACUGAAUCGGACGACUUGACGAAAACCAUCACGACAUGGCUGCAGGAGGCCCCCAGCUGCCUCAAUCACCCGAGCGAGCGAAGUAACACCGUGAGGGGCGGUGUGGAUGGCUUAGAAACCAAUGAAGCAACAGAACGGUCGUCUGGAUCCGGCGGACGGGCGUUCGGUGACUCUGCGGGAGCAGGGAGAAAGGGGCAGAGGCCGGGUAACACAGCAACAUCCCUGCAGGGGGAAGGGUGGGAAGGGGACAGUGCACCUGGGCGUGAGAGACAGGACGAGGGGGAAAGAGAACGAGAAAGCACCAUCCCUGAAGCAGCAACGGCGAUACCGCAACAGGCAUGGCGCACAAGGCAGGCCAAUGGACGGAAGGCUUGGCGGGCUAGGCGCCCCGCUAACCGACACAAAAGAUACUAA